UCUACGGUAGAAUCCAUUGAUACGCUAAUAUGGGUGGACGCUAACGAGACAAUAUCACCCCCAGCAGUCGCGCAUUCGAUAUCAAUAGGAGAUCACCUUUCCGUAAGCCCGAUCACGUCUACGGAGGGCUUUGAAUCUACGAUAGGAUCCAUUGAUACCACGGGUUCCGAAAGUGCCGAACAGGCUACAGCGUCUACCCCGGUUACGCAUUCGAUGCUGGCUGCGUUGGCGAUUUCAGCACAAUCGGCAGAAGAGGAACUAAGUUCAGAGAAUAUUACGGGCAGUACGGUGGGAAUGCAAGUUGAAGUCACAGACAACCUCUCCACAAGUUCAGCCGUAGGAUCGGAGGAUAUAGCGGCCGGUACUGUGGGAAUGGAAAUAGGGGUAUCAGGCAACCUCUCCACUAGCUCAGUCGAGACGUCGGGUGAAUUGGGAUCUUCGUCAGAACCUACCAAUUUCACAGGCACUGAAGUAGCCGAAGAGGCUCCAACACCUAUCACGGCUGCGCAUGCAAUGUCAGCUACACCAGCGAUUUCAGCAAAAUCAACAGAAGGGAAAGUAAAUUCAGAGGAUAUGACGGCCGGUACUGUGGGAAUGGAAACAGGGGUAUCAGGCAACCUCUCCACGAGCUCACCUGAGAUGCCAGUUGACAUGGGAAGUUGGGCAGAACAUACUGAUUUCACAGGCUCUGAAAAAACCGAAGAAGCGUCAGCGUCUACCACGGUUGGACAUUCGAUGCCAACCACAGUAACAACAGCUCACCAUCCCAUAAGACCGGUCACGUCUUCAGAGGGCUUAGGAUUUACGAUGGGACACACUAGUUCAACAGAUUCUGAAAGCGGCGAAGAGGCGUCAGCGUCUACUACGGCUGCGCAGUCAAUGUCAGCUACUCUGGCGAUUUCAGCACAAUCAACAGAAGAGAACGUAAAGUCGGAUGAUAUUACGGCCAGUACGGUGGGGAUUCAAUUUGGCGUAGCAGGCAACCUCUCCACAAGCUCAGUCAAAAUGUCGAGUGACAUGGGAUCUUCGUCAGAACCUACUAAUUUCACAAGCUCUGAAGUAGCCGAAGAGGCGUCAGCGUCUACCGCGGUUGCGCAUUCGAUGAUAACUUCACCGACAAUCACUGGGCAAUCAAGUGAACAGAACUUGAAGUCAGAUGAAAAUACGCCGAGUACGGCGAAGGUGCAAAUAGAGACAGCAGACCACAUUUCCGCAAUUCCAUUAGAGAUGUCUGAUGACAGGGGAACCACGAUAGAACCCACUGAUUGGGCAGUAACCGAGACCGGUGGCGAAGUUCCGGCGUCUACCCUGGCCGUCAGUUCGAUGCUCACUACACCGACAGCUUCGGGGCAAUCAACAGAAGAGAACCUGAACCGGGGUGAGGUUUCGCCGAGUACGCAGAAGGGUCAAACUGAAGAGGCAUCAGUGAUUCAUAGUGUUGCCCAUACUCUGCCAGGCACGCCGACCAUGCCAGUAUAUUCGACGGAGAAGAGUGUGAGUUCGCAGUCAGAGCAGAUUACGCCCAGCAAAGUAGAUGAACAAACAGAUGCAAACGAGACCGUCUCUGCUGGUCCGGCCGAAUUGUCGGAUGCUAUUGGAUCUACAGUGGAACCCGUUGACACAACAAUGUCGGAGAAGGCUAAGGAGACUACAUCCCUCCCCACAGUCGCGCACUCGAUACCAACUGAACUACCAGACUCCACAGAAUCGGUGGAACAGGGCGUGACCUUGAAAUCGAAAGCCGGCUCUCCCAGCACGGUGGACGUGUUAAAAGGGGAUCACCUUCCCGUAAGUCCGAGUGAAUUGUGGAGGGCAUUGGAAUCUACGAUGGGACCCAUUGCCAUCACGGGUUCUGAAAGCGAUAAACAGGCUGCUACCUCAUCUACCACGGCUGCUAGUUCAAUAUCAACUAACCUGGCGAUUUCAGCACAAUCAACCCAACAAAAGGAUCAUAAAGCUAGUACGGUAAAGGUGCAAUUUGGGAUAGCAGGCAACCUCUCCAAAAAUUCAGUCGCGGGGUCGCACGAAUUGACAUCUUCGGGAGAACCUACUGAUAAUUUCGCAGGCUCUGAAAAGGCAGAAGAGGCGUCAGCGUCUUCCACGCUCGCGCAUUCGAUGCCAGCUACAGCAACGGGAGAUCAACUUGCCAUAAGUCCGGUCUCGUUUUUAGAGGCCUUAGAAUCUACGAUAACACCUAUUGUUACCAAAGGUCCUGAAAGCGCAAAACCGGUUACAGCGCAUUCAAUGUCAGCUACACUGGCGAUUUCAGCACAGUCGACGACCAAGAAAGUGAAGUCGCAGGGUAGUACGGCCAGUACGAUGGAGAUGAAAUUUGGCGUAGCAGGCAACCUCUCCACAAGCUCAGUAGUGGGGUCGGAUGAGAUCGGAUCUUCGGCAGAACCUACGCAUUCCAUGAGCCCCGAGAGCGCUGCAGAGGCGGCCCUAUUCUACUCCCUGCAAGACAAGCCGACCAUACCUGUACAU